AUGGAUGCCCGGACCGCCGUGGAUCCUGAAGUGGACACCGGCGGAGCCCAGACCAUGGAGAUAAAUAACACAGACACACAACCAACCGACCGGUCCAUGCGGAGCCCAACAAAUAGCCGGAUAACACCGGACCGGAGCCCCAUCGAUAAAGAACGGAUGGCCAACGGACAACGCACAACGGCCAGCCUGACAGACCCAGAUCACCAUCACCACCGAUUGACUUCAGGACUCAGCAGAUAUCGAACCCGCACCGCCAGGCACUCCACAUCUCGCAGAGGGGAGAUUACACAGGGAUCAGCCUUCGCGGAAGGCUUAGAGAGAUAUCUCAAGACUCACGGAGGAAUACACGGUCACACCGAACGCUCACUUCGCACCCAGCUCUACAUACAGAUCUACAUACAGAGACUCAGACAUGUUGAGGGUGUGAACCGUGGCAGCGGACAUGCGAUGGAGAAGUUGGUGCCGGAGACUCUGGGGCACCUUCAGCAGCAUCACGUUGACUACUACCUGCACUGGUGUGUGUGUCUGGAGCUGGAGAGUCGUGUUGCCAGGGGCAGCAACAUCACCGACAUCUGGUGCAGCAGCAGUCACGACAGGGAGAAGAAAGGGGACUGCUUGUCAGGAAUGAAGAUAAAACACACCAAGAUGGCCAAUGUUGCGGAAAGUCAGCGAUUUGCCGAGGGAGAGAGCUGUAUUGUUACGUUCAAAAGACACCCCAGUCAUCUCAGGCAGUUCCCAGCACCUCUCCACACUCUCGGCUUCUCCAAGAACGACUCGGUGGCCAUCAGUUCUGAUGAUGGCCGUCUGCUUGUCCUCUCAUCCGGCUUCAUCUACAGCAUCAGGGUAUCUUUCACGAGGACCCAACGCUGCGGAAUCUCACCUACCGCCUUGACCGAUGUGACAACUUCAACACCCUACGCUCUCUUCACCACCUCUUCACCAAACCUCUCCCAGGUAAAGUGGCUGCUCACCAACCAACAUUCCAGGGAGAAGCUAAGAGAGCUCAUUAUAGACAGGAAGAAGCCGGAGUUUCAGCUGACAAUGUCCAAGGGCACCAUCGAGAAAGUGAAGCACAUCUUCAAGUCCCUGAACAAGCCACAGAAAGCUGUAAUCCUCAAGAUACUGAUGUGCAAGGACUAUGUGCUGAUCAAGGGCUACCCUGGAACAGGUAAGACGUCCACCAUCGUGGCCCUCGUCCGCAUCCUCAACUGCCUCGGUCUCUCCGUCCUCCUGACCAGCUACACCCACUCCGCUGUCGACAACAUCCUGCUCAAACUCAACAAGCUGAAUGUAAACUUCCUACGGUUGGGUCGUCUCGGCAGGAUCCAUCCUGAUCUCCAUGACAACGCCGCUGAGGUCCUAACGUCCAAGAUAACCUCCGUCCAUGAGCUGCGAACCUUCUAUGAAUCACAGAACAUAGUUGCCACAAGCUGCCUGGGUGUGAACCACCCGAUCUUCUCACAGCGCAGGUUUGACGUGUGUAUUGUAGAUGAGGCGUCGCAGGUGCUGCAGCCAGCUUGUCUCGGGCCGUUGUUUGCCGCAGACCGGUUUGUGCUGGUCGGGGAUCCCAAACAGCUGCCUCCAGUCGUACAGAGCAGGGAGGCACGGGAACUAGGUAUGGGGGAGAGUCUGUUUGCUCGUCUUGACGACGCUGGUGCAACCUUCGACCUGAACCUUCAGUACCGUAUGAACAAGACCAUCAUGCACCUGAGCAACGAGCUGAUGUACGGGGGUCUCCUGCAGUGUGGGAGCAGCGAGGUGGCCGAGACCUGCCUGGUGCUACCUGAACCCACAGUCCACACCAGACCUUGGCUCAGUCAGGUCCUGGCGUCCGAUCUGCAGCAGGCGGCCAUCUUCCUGGACACCAACAAGGUGCCAGCCCCUGAGGCAUCGGACGGUAAGGGAAUGUUGAAGAACACAGUGGAAGCUGAGCUGGUCCUCAUUAUCGUGGCAUCACUGGUCAAGGUUCCCCAAACCAGUAAAUGUCUGAGACCUGCAUCUCUCCUGCAGGCUUUCCUUCCACGUUAA